UGAAGAAAUGAGGAAGGCUGCUGAAGAAGAAAUUCGAUUAGCUAAAGAGCGAGGUGACGUAAACAAUGAAGGAGUGCCGUUGUUGACUGUUGUUGCUGACGGAAGCUGGGCCAAGAGAUCAUACAGGAGGAACUAUAACUCCCUAUCUGGAAUGGCAGCGAUAGUUGGAUACCACACAAGACAGGUUCUGUACUUUGGCGUGAAAAAUAAAUAUUGUUUAACCUGUACACGCAAGCCUGGAGACACACAUCACAAGUGCUUCAAGAACUGGAAUGGUAGCUCAUCUAGCAUGGAAGCUGCUACCAUCGUAGAAGGCUUCUUGGCAAGUGAAGAAAUGUACAAUGUGCAAUAUGCAAGAAUGAUUGCUGAUGGAGACAGCAGUGUCUACAAUAGCAUUGUUGAAGCUAGACCUUACCAAAAUCUGACGGUAAAGAAAAUUGAGUGCCGCAACCACAUGCUGCGCAACUAUUGUAACAAGUUGAAGGAUGUUGUUACCACCAGUUUGCAUAAGGAUCUGUCCAAAGAGGAUAGAGGACUACAUUUGAAAAUGCGUAGGGUACUAGGAGGUCGCAUUAUGAGGCUGCGGACAGCAGUCACAAAAGCUAUCCAACAUAGAAAAGUUGAAGAAGGAGAAAUAAAUGAAAAGGCUGAAAAACUAAGGCUAGACAUAGUGAACGGACCCAGUCAUGUCUUUGGUGAGCAUCUUCACUGCAAAAGUCGAGGAUAUUUUUGCAACGGUCCAAAAGAAAAUGAAACUAAUUAUAUUCCAGAGAUGAAAGCAAGUGGAGUGUUAUAUAAAAUCAUGGAAGCUGUCAAUGUUCUAGCUGACCAUAGCAGCCACCUCAUUUACGACGUUGAUAGCAACAUGGUCGAACACUACAACGCAGUUGUGGCGAGAUUUACGGGAGGAAAAAGAAUCAAUUACAUCCAAAAAGGCUCAUACAGGAUGGGAUGCGCUGCUGCUGUGGUCAGCCACAACACCAACCAGCCGUUCUAUAAGCUGCAUAAAACCAUGUACAAAAGCAGCCCUGGCCUUUACGCCAAACAAUUUGAGGCCAGACAUAUGGCAAGCUUAGCGAAAAGGGCAGAGAGGAAUAGAUUGAAGCCCCGAAUCAGACGUUGUUUGAAUUUCACGUCCAAAGUGGGUGAUAGCAAUUAUGGACCCAUGGCGAAAAAACCCGAUAGGAGGAUGAUCUGUACCAGAGAAAACUACAGGAACACAUGCAGACUCUUCAGAAGACAAUGCAUGAAAUUCAAGAAAUCGAACAAAAUACAAGAG